CUCUGUGGCCGCAGAUGAAUAUCUCCCAAACCCUAAUAUAAGCAGCCAUAGAUUUUCAAGGCUCAUUUGGAAGGGCAUUCGUCAACUCUCCCUCUCUGUCGAGAUCGAGGGUUCGAAUCGCUGUUAAGAUUCGAAUUAUUUGAUUUUCUCUCGGCAGCCUAAAUGGCAGAGGUCAGGGAGGGGUUUUUAGGGUUUAUCGUUUUCGUGUAGUUCAUCGCCAAAGCUACGCGGAAAUAGUGGAAGGAGUAUGUCUUCGAAAACCCUAAAAGUCUGGUUAUAACCGUCAAGCUUUUGUAGGUAAAGCUCUGGCCGUGCUCUACAUAGAGCAUAUUGGAAUUGGAAGCUAGGGCUGGAGAUUGAAUUCUUCUAUUUUGUCGGUUGAACCUUGCUACUGUGAUUAGAACAACUGUGAAUGGCUACUGCCGAGGCCGCUUCAGUUUCUUUGGGUCCUCGAUAUGCACCUGAUGACCCAACUCUUCCAAAGCCCUGGAAAGGAUUGAUUGACGGAAGCACUGGCCUUACAUACUACUGGAAUCCUGAAACUAACAUCACUCAGUAUGAAAGACCUGCUUCUUUACCGCCACCAUUGCCACCCGGCCCCCCUCCUGCAGCUUCUACUCCAAAGCUGGCUCCGAUACCCAUGGCCCGGACAAUGCAGGGUCAGCAAUUUACCCAAUCCAUGCAACAGCAGGGACAACAAAUAACCACAGUUGCACAACAGCCCGGACAACUACAGUCCCAGCAACCGGUCCAACAAUUCACACAGGCUCAACAGCAGGGUCCUCAAAUGCAACAAGCAUCGCAGCAACCUUCACAAAUGGUGCAAUCUGCACAGCAGCAUGGCCAGCUUAUGCAACAGCAGUUUAGGCAGCAGAUGUUACAGCCGUCUGUGCAACAAAUGCCUCAGCAGAUGCCACAAAAGCUGAGUCAACAAACUCCUCAACAUCAAGGGCAGCAAUUUUCACACCAGCAGCUACAGCAACUAUCAUAUCAGCAAACUUCACUUUCGCCAGGGCAACAAAUUUCACCGUCGCAGGCACAACAGGCUGUGCAUCAUCCUGGACCGCAGGUUUCACAGCAACAGGCACAGCCAAUACAACAUCAACAGGGCCAACAAAUUUCACAGCAGCAGGCACAGCAAAUACAUCAACAGGGUCACCUAUUCUCUCAUCCUCAAGGGCAGAAAAUGGGGUUUCCUAUUAGGGAUGAAACUGAAUUUCAACAAGGGAAGCAAAUCGCAUUUUCUCCAUCGCAGGUUCAGAACCUGCCUACUGGAUCACAUUCUGUUCAAGUUCCCCAGGUUGGCAUUCAGUCAGUUCAUGCACAACAAUUUGGUAAUUCUUCUAGCAAUACACAAGCUGCAUCUCCUUUGGUUCAGAUUCAGCAAUCUCUAACUGAUCAUAUGCACCGGCAACAAGUGAGGCAACAAAUGGGUGCUCCCAUCGAGAAUCAGAUGGGGCCAACAAUGAUGCAUAAUCAACAGUCUGGUGGACCUCCUGGUGGACUUAAAAUGGGGUAUGAAGAUCCUCAUGGAAGAUCUGGCCAUGAAUUUUACUUUAAUGCCAACAAGGAAGGCCCAGUGAUGGUUCCUCAGCAACCAAAGCUUGCUGCAAUCCCCACGGCACGGAAUCAGCAGGAAAUAAGGAUGGAUGGUGUUCCUCCUCAUAAUCUCAACCCUGGUCAUCCUGGGGGAUUGAAUAUUGUAGCGGGGCAUGUAAUGCCUAAUUUGUACAAUCAUGCUGCUGGUGUUCAAGCUUUUUCUAAUAGUGCAACAAUAAAACCUCCAAGGAUGGUUGGCUCCUCAGAUGUUGGAAAUCUCUCACCUGCUGAAGCAUACUGUCGACAACAUGAAGUUACUGCAACGGGUGACAAUGUUCCUGCUCCCUUCAUGACUUUUGAAGCCACUGGUUUCCCUCAAGAGAUACUCAGAGAGAUACAUAUGGCUGGCUUCUCUUCUCCCACGCCAAUACAGGCGCAGACAUGGCCGAUUGCAGUACAGAGUAGGGACAUAGUGGCCAUUGCCAAAACAGGUUCUGGGAAGACCUUGGGUUAUCUUAUUCCUGCAUUUAUUCAUCUGAGACAAUGCCGAAAUAAUGCUCAGAAUGGUCCAACAGUGUUAGUUCUGGCUCCUACACGUGAGCUUGCAACACAAAUACAAGAUGAGGUUAACAAGUUUGGCCGUUCUUCUAGGGUCUCUUGCACUUGUUUGUAUGGUGGAGCUCCAAAGGGCCCUCAGCUUAGAGAAUUGGAUCGAGGGGCGGAUAUUGUUGUUGCCACCCCUGGUCGGCUCAAUGAUAUCCUUGAGAUGAAGAAGAUUGACUUUCGUCAAGUCUCUCUCCUUGUCCUUGAUGAGGCAGAUCGAAUGCUUGAUAUGGGUUUUGAACCUCAAAUCCGCAAGAUUGUGAAUGAGAUACCUCCUCGUCGGCAGACACUCAUGUACACCGCAACCUGGCCCAAGGAGGUCAGGAAAAUAGCAGGAGAUCUACUUGUUAAUCCUGUUCAGGUGAAUAUUGGCAGUGUUGAUGAGCUUGCAGCAAACAAGUCCAUCACUCAGUAUGUUGAGGUUGUCCCACAAAUGGAGAAGCAGAGACGCUUAGAACAGAUUCUUAGAUCGCAAGAACGUGGGUCAAAGAUAAUCAUCUUCUGCUCGACAAAGAGGUUGUGUGACCAGCUUGCACGUGGUAUUGGCCGCAGUUUUGGUGCUGCUGCAAUUCAUGGAGACAAAUCUCAGGGUGAGAGGGACUGGGUUCUCAAUCAGUUCCGCAGUGGGAAAUCUCCAAUAUUAGUUGCCACAGAUGUGGCUGCUCGAGGGCUUGACAUUAAGGACAUCAGGGUUGUGAUCAACUAUGAUUUUCCCACGGGAAUAGGAGAUUAUGUCCACCGAAUUGGAAGAACUGGGAGGGCUGGUGCAACAGGAGUAGCAUACACCUUCUUCUCUGAUCAAGACUGGAAGUACGCAGCUGAUCUGGUAAAGGUUUUGGAGGGUGCCAACCAGCGAGUUCCACCUGAAGUGAGAGAGAUGGCUGUACGUGGUGGGCCCAUCAUGGGCAAGGGGCGGGGUGGGAUGGGUCGUCGGGAUUCUGUUGGUGGGCGUUUUGAUUCUGGUGGCGGGCGUUGGGAUUCUGGGGGUCGUGGUGGAUCAAGGGAUGGUGGCUUCGGUGCCCGGGGUGGGAGGAAUGACUUUUUUGGUGGAAGGGGAACCCGGGGCCGGGGAUUUGGUGGGCCUGGUGGUGGUCCAGUUGGUUGGGGAAGGCAUGAACAGGGACCACGUGAUCGUUACGAUAGUGUGAACGGGAGAGGGCGAUAUGAUAACAGAAGACCAGAUAAGUUUCGUAGAAGUUAUGGCAGGAGUCGUAGCCCGAGCAGGAGUCGUAGCCCAAGCCGAAGUUGGUCCCGUAGCAGGAGCAGGAGCAGGAGCAGAAGCAGGAGCAGGAGCAGGAGCAGGAGCCGUAGCCGAAGUCGUAGCUAUGAAAGAUAUGAGAGGUCACGUGGACAGAAUCGUGACCUUGGUCCUAAAGAACCGGAAUAUGAUGCUGUCCCUGAAGAAUCGAGGAUGUCCCCCAUGUCCCCCGGAGCAACACAAGGUGGCUCAAACUUGGGAAUUGAGCCUGCAAUUCAGCUGCCAAUAGCUGAUGGCACUGGGUCUGGUAUCCCAUGAUUGUAGGUGAGCCAAGUUACCAGCCAGCUACCAAACUGUAAGGUGUGCUACAGAAGAAUUUUUGCAGUUAGUUCUCUUUGGUUCUCUUACUGCUGUAUGAUGGUGGUCUCUUUGGUUAUUGUGGCAGCAGUGAAGUCAGAUCGGAGGGUAGCUCGUAUGUGAAAGAAUCAUCAUAGGUUAUCUUGGUUUUUCAUUUUAUUGAAGGAACUGCUGUGGUAAUCAGCAGGGUUUUCUGGUGCUUGUUAGUUUGCACACUUGACUGAGA